AUGGGCAUCAAAACAGACCAACAAGUCCACAUCAAAGCCUCUCAAGCUUACGACUAUGCCUAUUCUAUACUCCAAAUGUACAAUGUCCCAGCGGAUCGCGCUGCCAUGAUAGCAGAUGCUCUGGUUCUUGCUGACCUCCGAGGAGUCGAUACGCACGGCAUCAACCGACUAAGCGGCUACAUAGAGCGCAUAAAAUGCAAAGUGCUCGAUCCAAAUCCGGAGUUGAAGUUUAUCAUGAAAACUCCCAUCAUGGCUCAUCUAGACGCUCGCAACACCUUUGGCUUUGUCGCUGGAUGCAUGUCAAUUGACAAAGGUAUUGAGAUUGCUAGCACAUACGGCUUUUCCGUGAUCGGUGUUAAGAAUAGUAAUCACUACGGAAUGGGUGCUACGUAUGUUUUACGCGCCAUCAAACAGGGGUAUGGUGCUUUUGCCUUUACUAAUGCAUCCCGCGCAAUGCCUCCGUGGGGUGGGAAAGCAGCAUUAUUGGGUACAAGUCCUCUAGCAGUUGGAAUCCCCGGUGGCAAAGAAGGAGAUUUUGUUCUUGAUAUGAGUCCUACGGUUGCGGCGAGGGGCAAGAUUCGAAAAGCUGCCCGACGAGGAGAACCCAUACCUGAGGGUUACGCUCUUGACGCUGAAGGGAGGCCUACCACCGACGCAGAGGCAGCUCUAAAAGGGGUCAUGUUGCCAAUCGGGGGUGCCAAAGGCUCAGGACUAGCAAUGAUGAUGGACAUAUUUGGUGGCUUGCUCACUGCCUCUUCUUUUGCUGGGGGUGUGAAUGAUCAGUACAAUAACACCAAGGAUCCUCAGGGGGUGGGCCAUUGGUUCAUGGUGUUCAAGCCGGAGAUGUUUCUGGAUUCGAGGGAUGAGCUAGCUGAUAGAAUGGAUACUCUAUUGGGGAGGAUCCGGUCUUGCGAGAAAGCGGAAGGGGUGGAUAGAAUCCGUGUUCCGGGCGAGAACGCUACUGAGAUGGAGACCCGGAGGCGUCUUGAGGGUAUUCCGUUCACUACUGUGGAGCUGAAGAACCUAGAUCUACUUGCCAAACAGAGCGGAAGCCAAGUAAUGCUAGCGGAGACUGUUGGUGUAUAG